AUGUGCGAUAAGAUAGGCAUGUUCGCUGAGCACAUCGUGAGUGAUAAUCAUCGUAAGACUUUACAGAGAGUGCUCAAUGAGGGUCCAACGGUUCGGGCGUUAACAGCAGAGAUCAGACAAGAUAGCGGCAGUAAGGCUGUCCUUGCUAGGGUUGAUCUUAUUGGCAAUUAUGUUGUGCCCGAAAGGAACGUGGUGAAGAUGGAGGAGGUAGCGGUUAGAGAGUCGGAGCUGGUCGUUAGCCAUCCCCAGGGGAGGAGUUCUUCAAUGGAGGUGGAUUCACCGAGGUGUGGUAUUCCAAGUGAUGUUCGCAAAAGCAAAGUGGAGCCACCAAUUGUGGAUACGGAAGCUGACGAGGAUGAUGAUGACGAAGAUGAUGAUGACGACGUAUCUAUUAUGAGCUUGAACUAG